CCUAAUAGACAAGAGACGGUAGAUUGGAAGUCUCGAUGCCAAGAUCAAUGGGCAUGCCAAGCAAGCGAGCAUUUGCACGAUGGAGUUGCUGCGGUCACCGAACGCAUAUCACUUAUAGACUGUCGUCAGUCUUACGUGCAUAUGCAUUGA